UUCUUGUUCUUCCACUCUCUUGGGUUAUACUUUGAUUCUUCGCUAUAGCUUCCCAUUCUACACUCGGUUUACUUGACAAGACGCUAGAAUGUUUGAGUGUAGGCUGGAUGGGAUGUUUCUGCGUCGUCUCUUUGAGGCGUUGCGCGAAAUCUGCAACGACGUGAGCAUAGAUUGCACUGAAGAUGGACUGUCGAUGCAAGCCAUGGACAAUAGUCACAUAUCGCUCAUUCACCUCUGUCUAAGCCCAGACUUUUUCCAUCUUUACCGCUGUGAUGUGCCUUGCACACUUGGGCUCAAUAUCUCGUUUAUGCUCAAGAUUCUCUCCGUUGUUAGAGACAAAUCGACUAUUUAUCUCUCCAAAGGAGAUGUUAGUGACGAUCCAGUACUGUCUAUUAGGAUUAUCGAUGAUAUUGGACCAAAUUUGUCUAUAGAUGCCGAGAACGAGGCUUUGGAAGCACAGGUAAAGCUCAUUGAUGUAGAGCGUGAACACUUGGAUAUCCCCAACUGCGAAUACACAUGUCAGUGCAUAAUGAACUCCAAGAGGUUCCAAGAAUUUGCCAAGUACCUCAAUUCUAUUGGUGAGACCGUAACAAUUUCAAUGAAUAGAGAUGUGAUGAAAUUGGAGGCUGAGGGAGAGGGUAUCAAGGCCUCCAAGUGCUUCCACAACGAUGUUGGUGAAGUACGUGUAUCAUCCACAGAGCCGCUAUCGCAAGUUUUUGCGACUCGUUAUUUGGUUUUAUUCUCCAGGGCUACUGCACUUGCUCAGGAGGUUUCGAUUAACUUGUCAGCUGGUAUUCCCCUUUCAGUCAAGUUCAACUUUGGCGACGUGAAUUCAAUUACAGACACUGUUGCAUUUAUCAACUUUUACCUUGCUCCUAACAUUGAGGAGUAG